AUGACUUAUGUAGUUCCUAGUGUGGAUUCAGGGGUGCAGGUCGACGCCGCAUACUUUGAUUUUCAAAAAGCAUUUGAUAUGGUUGAUAAUGACAUCUUAUUAGCUAAGCUGGCAACAGUCGGAUGCACUCCCAAAUUGAUAAAAUUUUUUGCGGAUCACAUGAGGGACAGGAAACAGUAUGUCGAAUAUGCAGGUUAUAAAUCUGAACCCUACUAUACGAGAUCGGGUGUGAGUCAAGGUAGUAAUUUAGGACCGCUUCUAUUUAUUAUUAUGAUAAAUGACCUGCCAGGCGUAGUCAGGGAUGCCACAUGUCUGUUGUUUGCGGAUGAUCUCAAACUCCUUAUCGCCAUAAGAGAAGAAGGAGAUUGUGAGCGAUUUCAGUUAGAUAUUGAUAGGGUAGAUGAGUGGAGUAAGAAAAAUAAACUGUUUUUCAAUACCUCUAAGUGCUCAAUUAUAACUUUCAGCCGGAUGAAGAAACCCAUCAACUUCAACUACACCCUGAAUAACACAGUACUUAAAAGGAUGGAUACAGUGCGCGAUUUGGGGGUAAACCUGGACGCUGAGCUAACAUUUCGUAAUCACAUACAAAAUGUAUGUAAAAAAGCAUAUAGAAGCUUGGGCUUUGUACUCAGAAGAGUGGGAGGGUUCACUAGCAUCACUGCGAUAUCCACUUUGUAUAAUGCAUUGGUGAGAAGCCAGUUAGAAAGUAACGCAAUUAUCUGGGCUCCACAUGAAGCUAAGUAUAGUCUCAUGUUGGAACGUAUCCAAAAUAAAUUUACUCGGUUCUUGUACCUAAGGCUGUAUGGAGUAUACCCAUUUUAUCCAUUGAUGUAUCCAACCUUGUUUGUUAUAGGCAUGGUUGGAUACAACAAAUUGGAGACAAGGAGGGACAUGGCUCUUGCCAUGUAUAGGGUGUCUCAGUAA